UCAUCAACGUAUAAUUCGCACGAUAAAGCCAGCCUUAUAAACGAUACCACGCUUUACGCGCGCACAAACAAACUGUCUUCACUGAAAGAUUCAGUGCACGGACAUCCAUCAUGUUUGGGAGUUCCAGAGACGUGUCUCCGGAGGAGCGAAAUUCACUCAGUAAACUGGCGUGCGGAUGCGGCGCCUGUGGGGCGCGCGAGGCGGCGCGCGGCGACGAGGCGUGGCGCGUGCUGGCCGCGGAGGCGCUGGGCACGGCGCUGCUGGUGGCGCUGAGCUGCCUGCCCGCCGCCGCGCCCGCGCCGCCGCUGCAGCGCGCGCUGGCCGCCGGGCUCGUGGUCACCGUGCUCGUGCAGUGCUUCGACCACGUGUCGGGCGCGAUGUUCAACCCGACGGUGACGCUGGCGGCGGCGCUGCGCGGACGCGUGGCGGGAGUGCGCACGGCGGGCGUGCUGGGCGCGCAGCUGGCGGGCGCGGCGGCGGGCGCGGGGCUGCUGCGGCUGCUGGCACCGGCCGCGCCCGGGGCCUGUGCGCUGUGCCUCACGCUGCCCGCUGACCACGUGUCCGUCUAUAAGGCGGCGGCGAUAGAAGCCGUGCUGGGCGGCUGCCUGGCGCUGGCCAACUGCGCGUCGUGGGACGCGCGCAACCGGCUGCUCACCGACUCGUGGCCCGCGCGCAUCGGGCUCAUCGUGGCCGGGCUCACGCUGGUCGCGGGCGAGCUGACCGGCGCCAGCAUGAACCCGGCGCGCAGCUUCGGGCCCGCGCUGUGGGCCAUGAACUUCGACAGACACUGGGUGUACUGGCUGGGCCCGCUGACCGGCUCGGCGCUGUGCUCGGCGCUGUACGCGUGGGCCUGGCCUGCGCCGUUGCACGCGCCCGCGCGAGCCGACCCCUGCGCCGCCUGCGCCCCGGGGCCCGCCUGCGCCCCGGGGCCCACCUGUGCCCCGGGGCCCGCCUGCCCCGCGCCCGCAGCCAAGCGGCGGCCCGUCUGA